UAAUAGAAAAGAAUUACUCUAGAGCUCUAGAGCUUGUGUCGGCAUAUUCGAUAUAUUAACCUGCCUGAUUAGCUGUUUGAAUACGGUUUGCAAGUGCCAAAUUACUCACCUUCAACGGUGUGGAAUGAAGAUUCAAUCAGAGCGAUGAGACUAGUGCCUGACAUCUACAAUGAAAAUAUUGAGACGGCACUAAGAAGAAUCGCGAAGCAACCCACGCAAUUCGCGUUAGACAAACUGCAGCAACGUCAGCAGAAAGAACAACGCCAGUAUCAGCAACAAUUCGUUACUCUUGGUAGUCUGACGCGUUGGAGUGAGCAUCAUAAGGACAGUCAACCGACGGAUUACAGCCAAUUUUCAGCGAACCCCGACGUUGCAAAGCACCCAACCAGUCCGUUCCCGUGCGAUGGUCAGAUCAACAAUCGUUUCGUAAUUUGGGAAGGCGAUAUUUCUCAACUGAAGGUAGAUGCAAUCACAAAUAGCACUGACAAGACGCUAACUGAAAAAAAUCAAACUUCAAAAAAGAGUUUUGGUCGGGCUGGCACAGCUUCUACUUUCAUUCACGACGUAAACCAAUGCAAAACUGGUGAAGUUUUUGUGACCCCUGGAUUUUUCUUACCUUCUAAGUACGUAAUACACACCGUCAGCCCUAUUUACAGUGAAAAACACAAGACAGCGUCGGAAGCUAUACUUCAUACUUGUUAUCGGAACGUGUUGUAUAAAGCAAGAGAGCUAGGAUUUGGAACGGUUGCGUUAUGUGAUAUUAGUUCGGUACAGAGAAAUUUUCCACCUGCAACUUCUGCCCAUAUAGCAUUGCGAACAAUUCGCCGAUUUUUGGAGCAAUACCGCGCCGAAAUUGUGAUAUUUUGCCUUGAAUCAAAUGAACGGAGUAUCUACGAAAUAGUAGCGCCGCUUUAUUUUCCACGCGAUCGACUUGAAGAGGAAAGUGCCCUGUUGCAAUUGCCGAAAGAUAUCGGCGACCUGUAUGGUGAACGACAGCAGCUAACUGAUCGUCAAAUCAGAAUCAUUCAUAAUCCUCAGCAUUUCGUCAUGAUAGAAGCUGAUGACGACUCUGAUACCAGCCCACACGACUUGGAAAUGGGUUCUGACGUGGAGUAUAGUAAUAUCAACCUGAGUCUGGCAGCUCAACUAACCGGUACAGCGCACUCUUUUACACAAAUGCAGGGAGACUUGGAUAGACAACGCUUACUUGGUGAUCGACCUCGUAUGGUGUAUGAAAGUGUGCUUGAUGAUGGUCUUGAAGGAAUAGAACAUCAAGAAAGAUACGAGAGGUUACUAAGACGAGCCAAAACGGAAGACCUAUCGGAAGUGUCUGGCAUUGGAUGUCUGUAUCAAAGUGGCGUUGAUAGACUUGGCCGACCUGUUGUUGUGUUUUGUGGCAAAUGGUUUCCUGCACAUAACAUCGAUCUAGAGAAGGCCUUGCUCUAUCUGAUAUACCUACUGGACCCAAUCGUCAAAGGUGAUUACGUGAUCGCUUAUUUCCACACUCUGACCAGUUCAAACAACUACCCUUCUCUACAAUGGCUGAAGGAUGUCUAUAGCAUACUGCCGUACAAAUACAAGAAAAAUUUAAAAGCGUUCUAUAUCGUGCAUCCAACCUUUUGGACAAAAAUGAUGACUUGGUGGUUCACAACGUUUAUGGCUCCAGCGAUCAAAACUAAAGUUCAUUCACUUCCUGGUGUGGAGCACUUAUAUUCUGCCAUCGCGAAGGAUCAGUUAGAGAUUCCGGCCUAUAUAACCGAGUAUGACAUGGCGACGAAUGGUAUACAUUACUUCCAACCUAUUACCAACACUUCUUCGCCAGCAUCCUAAGUGUCGAACAACGCUUUACUAAGCUUUCGUCUAAGCGGUCAGCUAUGAAUUAACUUUGUGCACAAGGGAUCAUUAUACUCCGGAAGCUCGUUACGGUACCACCGUUCUCCACCAAAGCGUCAAAUUUUCAUCCAGUCAAACGUUUACACCUAUUGCUAGUAAAUGCCUCAACCUAUACCUUUAGCAGAAAAUCGUUUCGUUGAACUUUAUUUAGGUGAAAGUAUUGUCAUGUUAAAAAUAUUGUAGUAAGUAGAACUGAAACCGAAAUCUUGGCUUCCCAUUGAAAGUUGCGUAUGGUAGGAAGGUGGUUGGAUGGAAGGAAAUUAAGGCAGGUAAUAGGUAGCUCUAUCCAGUGAACUGUCUUAUUUAAAGCACAGUUCGGCAGCUUAUGAGUUGAUUCCGUAUGUUACACGCUGUUGUUUUUAAAUUUAUGUUUAACAAAUAUCGUUCAAUACGUCGUCACGUGAGUUGCGUGCGUGUAGGAGCUAAAUAGAACAAAAUAACUACAAAUGUAUCAAUAUCGAUAGCAAUCCAAAUCAAUUCACGAUAAAACAUGAAGUUUGACUAGAUCAUUGUUUGAUAGAAUCAACUACCCGACUAAGUCCCAGAAAUUUGUCGUUGACCGCGUAAAAAUGACUUGUAUUUCCAACUUUAUUUAACCUUUGAUAUUGAUAUGCUCGUUUAGCGCGUUAGCAAUCAUACCGGGUGUUGGAAUUAAUUCGAUUCGAUUCAAACAGCAUAUUUGGGUGGGUAUAACUUUAGACAACCAAAUAUCAGAUAGUUUUCCUCAAGUUGGAGCAUUGUUACUAGAGCCGAACUAACAAGACUUUUAACCAAAUGUACUUGGUUACUUGUUUUUUUAUCCACGUAGACUAGAAUGAUGUUUGGAAAUAUAAAAUACGUGUAUUGAAUUAGUUUAUAUUUUGCUAAAUCUGUUUUGACAGAUCAUUGUUACUAAAAUGUUCCAUUGUUAUCAUGCCCAGAGUGUCUUUCGAUAAUAAAUGUGUGCACCACGGUGUAUACUGUUACUUCAUUUCAAUACGUUGACGCAAUCAAACAACUUCUAACUUACAAGUGCAUGCACGUAUUUCGUGGAAGAAAAUUCAACUAGCAACUAAUUGUUAAUGUGAACUUUUUCGCGAAACAACGUUGAACAAGGAGAUUAUUAUAUACGAUAUAUAAAACCUGUUAAACCUAGAUAUGAACCGUUUAUACUAGAUAUGAACCGAGCUUUGGAUCUCGAUGAAGCAUGCGAAUGCGUUAAAACUACAAAACAGAAACCGAGAGAAGUAGUAGAAGAAACUGCAUGAGAUGAUAACAACACUAGCAAUAGCCCAUUUAUUUGAUACAUAUAAAAUGUAUGUAUGGAUAUAAGUAAAGAUACAUACAUAUAAUGACAACUUAGUAGCAUAUACUGAUUUAUAAGUAAGCAUUGCGAAAACGUAAUCCUGGUGUGAAUUGUUUUAGAGAAAAUCGAAACGAGGACGAUUACAGAUAAAUAAAAGGGUUAUGUUUUACUAGAAAAAGACAUCGGAUGUCUUUUCUCUGUGUGCUUCUCAACUUAUCUUGAAAAAUGGCAAAUCAUUAAUUACAGGACAGGUUAUUCUACACAAAAAAUUAAAAAAAAUCUUUCCUGAUCGAGACUAUUAAUAGACGGUUAUUUGGUGAUUUACAUGUAGUUUUUACAGACCGCGUUACAUUAGUUUUGAGAUUGUGCAUUUCGGAACCUAAGAAAGGAACUCUUGAAAGCUGAAACAGUAUUAGUUGGAAUAGUAUGCUUUGAGACAUAACUUUUGGCUUAAGGGAAGGAAACGAAAGUUAUGAAAAAUGCAAACUACCCACUGUUGCAUUUUCUGCUUCUGUUGCCCUUGUAUUGUUUUGUAUUAUUGAAAUAGGAGCUUUAACUAACGAAGCCCUUUAAACUAUCUCGAAUGUUUUGCUCCUUAUUUGGAUGUUAUUAUUUGUCCCGCUGUCUGUCUCAUAAUCGUGUGCCAAUUUUCCUUCGUGAUUGCAAUUUCGUAUAGUGAAACCUGAAAUACAAUGACGACAAAAAACAAUCAUUCCACAUACAAAAUGGAAAUAACAUUCUUACAAAGUACGAUUGCAUCCCAACAAAAUUUUCAGGGCUUGUAGAUAAAAUAGUGUAAAGCUAGUCAAACAAUGGCAAAUGAAACGAAAAACUUUACAGCUAAGUUGUGAAAUAUAAUAAAUGAAUCAUUCGCGGCAAGAGUCAAAACAUGGCGAAUCAAAACGGUGGCUUUGAAAUUAUUUGGCAAAAAGCACACACAACGCGAAGCUAAAAUCAGCAGAUGAACCAAGCAAACACCAAUUACUUGUCUUGUGCUUGAGAGAUGAAAAGUACACAAAAUAAGAAACCCGACCGAUAGCUUAUACUUUAGAUUAUAAUAGUUACCAUACGAUGUAUGAUUUACGUUGAAGUUUGACUUAAAGCUUGUAGUGAUCAGUGGCGAGCACAUAUUGAAUUGGGUGAAGCGCACUUAUUUAGGGAAGGAUGUAAACCAAAAUAGUCGUUCUCCAGCAAGGAAUCCAAUGAAUAGGGUACGCCUGACUCAUGGUAUGUAUAUAAAACAAUCGUGUUUUGUUGCGAGAACUUGAACCAUUUAGGACAUAAAUGAAAACUCCCAAACUGUUUGCAGCAGCGUAGCAUAGCCAGGCCGACCAAAACGCUCGUAAUAGGAAUGCUUUACCCAAGCAGCUCAAGAAUAUUCAAGAUUAUUUCUAUUCGUAUGUGCGAAACCAUAUAAUCAGAUACAGGGCAGUGUUUGAGGAUAACAAAACACUAAAAAUAAAAAGCAUGUUGAUU